CGAGCUGCUUGACCCAGCUCUCUUUGCUGGCCAACGGUCACCCCCUAUCUGGUAAGGCAAUUACAGCGUUCUGGGCCCUUGCGCCUCAAAAGCUCCCCAGUCAGUGUCUGUGAGUCACAAUGAAGUUCUCAAUGGUGUUGUUCCUUGCGCUGUCCGCGAGCGCGGUGGUGCGCUCCACCGCGUCCGGCUUCCUGGCCGCCCCCGUCAGCGAGCAGGACGCCGCAGGCUCCCUCGCCCUCGAGCUGGCGGGCGCCCCGGACGGCCGCCUUGCCGCGCUGCAGGACGCGCUGCGCCCCACCUUCGCGGCCCUCCCGAAGGACGCCGCCGGGGAGCUCGGCCACCAGGCGGUGCGCUACGCGCUGCACCGGCUCUUCGUGCAGCAGCGCGGGUGGUACAUCAAGGGCCUCGAGCCGGGCGCCGACGCGGCGAACGCGUCGGAGUGGGUGCCCUCGUUCCUGCAGAGCCGCCUGGAGCAGCGCAGCCUCGGCCGCGGUGGCGCCAGCCUGCGUGAGCUGGCCGCCCUGGCCGCGGCGCUCGAGGACCUGAUCGCGAAGGAGACCUCCGACCGCGUCGCCAGGGCGUACGGCGUGCUGGCCCGCGCGACCUCGGCGAGCCUCAGCAAGGAGGACGCGCUCGAGACCAUCUCGAUCUACUACGCCGGGUUCCUCGACGGCGGCGACCUGUCCGCCGGCAGCCCCCAGGAGGCGCGGCGCGAACUGGAGAGCUUCACCAAAAACUACGUCGGCUGGGCGGAGGCCGAGGCGUGGCUCACGGACACCCUGGCGCCCCACUUUGCUUCGGGUGGUGGUGACGCCUACUCGUUCGACCAGGUCGUCCAGAUGGCGAAGGUGAUCGGCGAGCGCUACCACACGCUCAACGAUCUGGAGUGCCGCAGCCUCAAGGGCACCAUGGGCGAGCUGGAGGGCCGCGCCGGGCGCGUGCGGCUGCCCGCCUUCUACAGGAAGGGCCUCUACAGCCACUGGCAAUUCGACGAGCGCCCCGAGUACCUGCGCUUCGUCGGGGCCCUCGACGAGUCCGAGCCGGGCUCGCCCGCGGUGAUCCUUCCGAACUACCUGUCGGCGCGCACCAAUUGCCUGGAGGCCUCCGGCCUCUACGCGCUCUGCUGCCGCAACGAGUGCGAGGACCUGCUGGGCCACCUGGAGAAGCAGGUCGGCGCGCCCUCGGCUCCGGAGCUGGAGGUGGCACGGCUCGUGGCCGCGCUACCCUCCGACACCGUCGAGGCGCCGCGGUUCCUGUCCUCCGCGCUGCUGGGCCGCCUCUCGGAGAUCGCCGCUGGCAACGGCGGAGUGGUGCCGCUGCACGGCCGGCUGUUCGCCCAGUGGAUGCACCACGCAUUCCCGCGCGAGUGCCCUUACCCGCACGAGGCGGGCACCACCAGCCCGCAGACGCCUGACGAGUGGCUGCAGCGGAUGGGGGAGACCCACAAGCUGUCGCUGGAGGAGAGGCGGAGGACCGUGGAGGAGGACACCUGCGCCUUCGAGCCGGAGUUUGGCCCGGCGGCCGGCUGCGGCGGGGGCGGCGAGGAGCUGCCCUGGAGCAGCACCGAGGAGCUCCUGGACGAGGCCACCGGGCGGCAGCGGCCCCGGCUCCCGCUGUGGCUCUUCGCGCCCUGCGGCCUGCUCGCCGCCGUGCUGCUGCGCGGAGGCGCGGCCGGGCUCGCGAAGAGGCCGGCCGCGCCGAGCUCGCUCUGCUCGGACCUGUGCGCGUCGAUCGACAAGUACGCCUAGGGUCCAGCUGGCCGGCAGCCACACGAGGCCCCCCGGGCCGUCGCCUUCCAUAUAUUCACCGAGCGCGCUGCGCUACUCGCAAAAGUGCCGGCUCGCAAGCGCCGGACAAAACACGUGUGUCUGCUUCGAGGUAGCUGGUCGUAGAUCACCCGCGGCGGAUCCAGGCCACUUGCGAGCAGCUACUCUGCGAGUGGGUGGUGGAACGCGCCUGUCUGCGCGUGCAACCGUGCAGCCACCGCCCCGCGAAGCCGGGGCGCGCGGAGCCGAGGCCUUCGGCCCGCCGCUGCGCUGCGGGGGGCGCCCUGCGUGCGGCUUGGCGCCCCUGCUUCCCCCCCGCCGUCCCUCCGAGGCGGGAAUCUGUCCAGGUCCACUGCCUGGAGGGUCAGUGCCCGGAGCCGUCGGCAGGCGGUGGAUAUGGACAUGUUCGGGCCCCCGGGGGCCGACAUAUGU